AUGCCGAUACGACAAGUUUUUCAGCAAAAAGUUCAACGUCAGACAGGAAUUGAUCUACCGCAGAAACGAAAUCAAGGUGAUAGUAAACUAAAACGACGACGAUGUCUAGUCUGGAUUAAACUUGCCCUUUCUGCUUCGAUUCCAUUAAUGAUCGCUAUAUUUACUGUUAUCUCCUAUAUUCAAACAAAUGAAAUAAAUGAACGUAAUCGACAGAAAGAUAUAGAAAUUGCAAAUCAGACACGUCUACAAGAACAACAAUUGGCACAUGAACAACAUCAUGAAGAUCAACAACAAGCAGAUGAAUUACAUUAUCAAACUCUAUUUGGAAAUUAUAUUGAAGAAAUUUCAACAGCAAUUUAUAAACAAUCAGGACAAAAUCAAUCGAUUUUCAUCAGUGAAGAUAAUAAGAUGUUAUAUAUUCGUCGUAAGACAUUACUCAUUUUGAGAAGUAUCGAUAGUGAUCGGAAAAACCAGUUAUUCAUAUUUCUUUAUGAAAAUAAGUUGCUUCCCGAUGCGAUGAAACCUAAUUCAACAGUUGAUUUAACUGGUGCUGAUCUGAGCAAUAUCAUUGUUAAAAGUCCAAUCACUGGAAAAUAUAAUUUCAGUCAAUUAUCAUUAUUAUCAGUCAAUUUGAUGAAUUCUACAUUCAUUAAUUGUAUUUUUGAUGGUCAAACCGAUUUCAAUGGUUCAAUUCUGGUCGAUGCUCAAUUUGUUGAUACAGGAUUCUAUGGAAAAUUGAAUGCAUUCAGUAUGGAUUUGACAAAUGCAUCGUUCACUGGUUGUCAUUUUCAUGGACAAACUGAUUUUAGUCGUUCGAUUUUGACCAAUACUCACUUUAUUCAUACAGAAUUCCAUGAAAAAUUGAACGCAUUCAGUGUGAAUUUGACAAAUGCAUCGUUUCUCAACUGCCAAUUUUGGAGAGGAACCCAUUUUAAUGACUCAAAUUUGUCAACUGUCAAUUUUCAACGAACAGAGUUCAAUUGUUUAGACCAUGACGAUGAUGAAAGAAGUCAUAUAUUUUCACAAAGUUCCAUGGUCUUCAUUGAUUUUCGAGAAGCACAUUUAUGUGAUGUUCAAUUCGAAGGCGUCGAUUUAUCUUAUGCUAAUUUCAGUGAAGUAAAACUGCUAACUGUUUUUUUCGUUAACACCAAUCUUUCAAAUUCAAUCGUCAAUAUAAGAUCCAUUGGAAUAUCAACACUGAAAAAUAUUGUACUACCAAAUGGCACUUGGCUCAUUGAUUCUUCGAAUCAUGUGAAAAACAGUGAUGCUGAAGAAAAUGUAACUCAAUAAAAUUUACCUUUUUCCUAUAUUAAUUAAUCUUAUCUUCAACAAAUCUUUUUAGUGUGACUCAUUCAACGGCAGUAUUCAACACUGGCAUACCGCAUAUGGUCAUCCAACUUUAUAUCAUCAUAAUCAAACACUCAUUUCAAAUGCAACUAAUAUCAACUUCUGUUCUUUUGGAUCUAGAAGUGACAGUGCACUAGCCAUCAAACAAGUUAUUGAUUUACAUGAUAUCUAUCUCUUUUUACAAAGCGGAGAAACAGAAUAUAAACUAUCAGCGUAUUUCGGUGGAAUUCAAGGUCAAUGCAAACAAGGUCAAGUUCGUAUUAGCCUUUCUUGCAAUUACAACAUUUUCUUAUUUAAUCAUCGUAAGUGAUUCAGUGUAUUUAAGAGAUGUUUCGUCGCUCAAUUGACAAUUGAUUUAGAAAGCCGUUACAUGGACGAACUUAAAAUAUACUUUUUAAUACAUAGAUCUAAUUCUUCUAAGAAAGUUGACGCUUGUAACGCAUUUUUCGAAGUAAUGGAGGCUCGGAAAAUGGAUUUACCAUAAUCCACCUUAUAAAGAAUUCAAU